CAGAAGGAGAGUCUGGCCAUGUCAGAGCUCAACCGACUGAUCUCGGACGUGUACCAGCGGCAACUGACGGAGCUGGACAAGGCGGAGCAGGCGGGCAUGAAGGCGGAGGAGCAGGAGGCAAAGUUUGGUCUCUCCUCCGACGAUCUUGUGGCGAUGGGAACGUUUCUCACUCAGUUUGGGAAAUUCUUGUCAAAGACGGGACAGAACCUUGCAUGCAUCAAGGUCCUCAAGCAGCUUGUAGGUGUGCAGGAGAAAUUCCCCAAGAAGUCGCUGGAGUUAUCAAGUGCAGCCUACAAGGUCGCCAAUCAGUGUUGGAAGAUAGGAUAUCAUCAGGAGGCCCUUGAGUUUGCGAAGCGAUCGAUGCAAGUCUCCCAAGAGCUGCUGGGACAUGACUCGGUUCAAGUUGCAGACGCCUUUCAGCUCCUCUCGCUCGUUCACUUCGGACUCAACGAUCUGCCCGAAGCUGAGAAGUACAUGCUGAUGGCGUUAAAGCUCCGCGAGCAGCUGCAGGGACGCGAGCACGCGCAGGUUGCUGAAGUUCUGCUGCACCUUGGAGCCAUUGCUCUCAGGAAGGGAAACGCAGAUGAUGCACGAGAGUAUCAGCUGAGAGCGAACCGCCUGAUGGGUGCGAGAUCGAGAAGGAUGACCAAGUCGAAGCACGAGGAUGACAAGACAGGUUAAGGAGAACGCUGAUGGAGGUGGAAGUUUUCUCCAUAGAAGAUGCGGGAUAAGAGAGGGAGAGAAAACUUGAA